AUGUGGCUGUGCCAGCUAAAGGAAUUACAAAUACUGCUCCGUGGGCACCCAAGCCAGCUGAAGCGGGUGCCCCCAAAGCUGCAGAAUUUAAGCAUGAGCAGCGGUGUUACCAUUGCAACAAACACAAAAAGGGCAGUGAGCAUGGAAAUGCGGAUGGACUCUCCAGACAGGACAGCCCCAAUAAGCCAGUUGCCACAUGCAGGGUUGGUCAUUCAGUCACCACCAGGGUUUCUUUACGAGGGCAGCUCUGUCACCCUGACAUGUUCUGGAAAAGGUUUAAUGGCUUUUCAUAAUAGUGUACGGUGGCAGCACGGUGGCGCCCCUGUCCAUCCUUCUACCCGGCUUUCAGUAAAAGCAACAAUGCUGCAUAUUGAGGGGCUUAGUGAAGAUGAUGGGGGAGAGUGGAGCUGUGAUCAUGAUGGAGCGAGGGCAAGCCACAAGCUCAGAGUGAUAGCUAUCUCUGGCCCGGAUGACCUCUCUGUUUAUAGCACGGUUGGUUCCCAUGUUGAGCUCCCAUGUAAAAUGACUGAGGUUUUCGACAAGACGGUGGUGAGUGGGCGCUGGAUGAGAGUGACCGGCAGUAGGGACCAGUUUACUAAUUUGCAAAUAAAUGAAAACUGGGAGAAGCUGGUGAUGUACCCAGUGACGCCAAUCGAUGCCGGAAUAUACAGGUGCCAAGUGACCCAUGCACAGCACCAGAUGGUCAAACGUGUACACCUAAAGGUCAUGCAAG